CCCUAAUCGCCAUCCACUAUUGCUCGCGUUGCGCGAGCGCAGAUUGGUGUCAGAAUGUGCAGUAGCUACCGAAUCUCCAACUGAGCCAGAAAUUUGUGAUGAAGAGAGCACCCCUCAAUCAGAUGAUCCCGUAAUAUUCUUCCUGGACAGCGUGUAAACGUUUACGAGGAGUUGGUACCGACUGCCGCCAGUAAUCAUGACUUCCAAAUUCCAAGAGGUGGAGACGAAAAAUGACGGAGCCCGAUUCGCUUUCAAUACUCAGUGGAAGGAUCCCAUGACUGGUGUUGUCUGGAAAUUUCAGCUCUUUUUCUACACUCAUGACAAUUCCAUUGAGAUGUUUGAUAUCAAGAACCAAAGAAGUUUUUUGAGGAGAGUCGCUUACACAGACAUCAGUUUGGACCAUCUAUUUGUGGGGUCUGUUGUGAAUGUUUUUACCCGCCAGCUUCUGAUUGAAGACUAUGGAGAUGAGUUCACCAGAAGGAACUUGCAACAGCUUCAAGAGAGAACUCUUGCCCUCAUCAAACCCGAUGGAAUUCCCUACAUGGGAAAAAUCAUAGAGGCUAUAUGCUGCAGCGGUUUGAUUAUUAAGCAGCUUCGAAUGUGUAAAUUAUCACGGGGACAGGCAAAGGACUUCUACAAGGCUCAUAUGGACAAGCCGUUUUUUGAGGAAUUAGCAAACCAUAUGUCAAGUGGUCCUUGUGUCGCGAUGGAGCUUGUCGCCGAAGAUGCCAUUGCCAAGUGGCGGUUGCUCCUCGGCCCUACGAGUACGGAGGUGGCCAGAAUGAAAGCGCCAAGCUCCAUUCGUGCAAACUUCGGAACCGAUAGCACCAGAAACGCAGUCCAUGGAGCCGAUUCAUAUGAUAGUGCAAGAAGGGAAGCACAUUUCUUCUUUGCGGAUAGAAUGUUUGCACCUUGUGCGAAAUUCUUCAACGUCACACUGGGCAUCAUAAAACCCCAUACUGUACAAGCAGGGGCUGCCGGGGCUAUGAUCGACCUUAUACAAGAAAAGUAUGACAUAACAGCGAUGGAGAUGAUCAAUUUCACACGUCCCAAUGCAGAAGAGUUCUACGAAUUGUACAGAGGAGUAGUUCAGGAUUACUAUGCCAUGACGCAUGAGAUGUCAUCAGGAGACGCUAUUGCCAUGGAACUUUGCUGUAAAACAAAUCCAGAACACAAUCCUGUCAAGGCGUUCCGUGAAUUUUGUGGACCGCCAGAUCCAGCACUUGCGCGGCAACUCAGGCCUUCAAGUCUUCGAGCUCAAUUUGGAGUCAACAAGGUGAAAAAUGGCAUUCAUUGCACUGACCUCUCAGAAGAUGGAGAGAGCGAAUGUAAGUUUAUAUUCACCCAUCAGUGGACAAUGUAAACUUGAACAGCCAACGGAAUUGUCAUACAUUCACGAAAUAACGGGAAAUUUUGGAGUAAAAAUGACUGGAAGGUGUUGUGAGGAUUUAACCGCUGUAAUUCAUUUUAUCAUACAGCAGGAAAAGGUGAGAUGUAGCAAGAGGACAUGUAAUGUGGUCUGUUCACUGGCUUCUGUAGUUCUUAGCAAAAUUUGAAAGUUUUUUUUCCUUCCCUUGAAGAUUGUAGUUCUAUUUGCAGCAUGACAGUACACAUUUGAAGAGCCAAGGGUACUAGCCUCCAGGUGAUUAUAUCACUUGCAGUUUUGGAAUAUUGUUCCUCUUUAAGAGAUCUAGAUGUUGUUCACAAGUAAGAUAUGAAGAUUGCCUUAUUCAGUGUUUCUUUUACCGGAAUAUCCAAUACUAUGACUACCAAAACUUCUUCCCAAACAGGUGAUCGACUGAGUAUACUCGAGUUAAUUACUGUCGUACGAUAUUAGAUUUCCAUAUCCUGAAUAGUACACAUACAUUAGUUUGGCAUAUGGGGUUUAUUUGACGACACGACGUUGUCGAGCAGAAUUAAGUAGGUGUUGAAGUCCAUUUAGGGCUCUGCACACUUUAGGUCUGCACACUUGCCAAGUCAAGUCAACAAAUAGCGUAUUUGACGAAGAUUCUCAUCUACAAUCUUUGCGAGUAGAGAGGACCGUACCCCUACCCCUCCGAGUGUUUAGGAUCUGAAGUGAAUUGAAUUGUUACACGUGUAUAACAUGUAUGAGAUACGUUUUGCACUUUGAUGAAAUGAAAG